AUGCCCAUGGUGGCCAUUACUAUGACAUUGGCAGUGAGUAUCGUGCUGCAGCAUGAUGUUCGCGGAAACGGUACUCACGACCCAGUCGUCAACGAGAAGAAGCUAAAAGGCUACAAUCCCGUCCUGCGCGACACCACGAACCUCUAUCGAUACACCGCAGAGACCAAAGCGGGUAUCAACGCUGGAUGGAGAGGCUGGCGGCUCCGAGUUGAAGACGCGGGCGUAUGGAUGAUCCACUGCCACAUCCUCCAACACAUGGCGAUGGGAAUGCAAAGCGUGUGGGUGAUGGGUGAUUAUGAGCAGAUUGCCAGGAUACCUCACCCUGACGCUGCUGGCUACUUGCACUAUGGCGGCAAUGCCUACGGCAACGACACGUUUGCUCCAAGCUACGUGCAUCAAUUGGAUGACUGA